CAAGAGCUAGAAACUGGGCUAUCUUUCUCUUUUUUAGCCCAAAUUAUUCACUUUAUAUUUGCUCAAGAUGUUGAUAAUCUGUGCAAUUAAGUAUUUGUUGAACCCCACAAGUAUUUUGUGUUCAAAUGUGUAAGAAACUCAAUCCAGGCCAUAGUAAUCAUUGCCUACAAACUGUUUGCUAAAUUGUCUCAAAGAAGUUUGAAGCCAGGACAUUGAUUUUCAUCAUCAGUCAUUUUCAUUUUUAACCCUUUUAUGCUGUGUGGACUGAUUCAAGAUUUAGUUUUAUGGGUUCCUACAACGACCUCAAGUUAAUACUAAGUUCACCCUUGGUGUAGAGUUGUUACUGAUUGGAUUCUUCGAUGUCGCUCGUGUUCUUGAGAAGACAACUAAUUAACUUGUCUUGUAUACUCAAUUCCCAAUGUAACUUAAGAAUAUGUUCAUACUCCUCAAGACCCACAAGAGCUAGUCAAGCAAAUGAUUUUUUCGUGGAGGAUAGUAAACCACGUCCUGCUGCUGCAGAUUUUGGUGGUGGGGUUUUUCAUCUUUCGCCAUUGUAUAGGGAUGAGAAAUAUUUGUUGAAAGAUUGCAGGAUUGAACUAGUGGAUAAUGAAACUUGGAGUGUGUCCUCUGGCUUAGCUGAAGUGUGGAGAGGAAAUACAAAUGUUGCUUCGAAGAAAAAUCCUUCAUUUAGUCAAGAGGACGAGAUUGAUGAUGGGGUGGCCAGUUAUAAUGAUGAAGAUCCUGAUUUUGACGAUAUUGAGGAUUUGAGGAUACGCGGUAACUUGUUUUACAAGCUUGAUAAAGAUUCCAAGGAAUAUGAAGAAUAUAAGUUCGAUUUCCAUAGAAGGAAUAAGAACAAGAAUAAUGGAAAUGACUGUCCCAAAGAGAAGGAGAAAUCAAGUAACGUUUCAGCUUCUGGGGUCGAGAAAAGCCUAAAGGGUAUAGAUGAGAAGAAGCAAAGCAACAAGGACAAACUGCGCUGUAACUCUGAAUUUUCAGUGGACAGAAUGAUGUUAGAUGAUACGAAUAACCUUCAGGAUUUUCAGCUAAAGAGGUCAAGAGUUCCAACUUUUAAUCAGCUUACUGCCCCUUAUCAUGAGCCGUUUUGUUUGGAUAUUUUUGUCUCGAAAGGUUCGGUCAGUGCUAGCAUCAUCCAUAGAGCUACUAGCAAGGUCGUUGCUGUGGCACAUUCUAUUUCCAAGGAUAUGAAAUUUGACUUGGGAUCGACAAAGAAUAGAGCUACUUGUGCUGCUGUUGGGGAAGUUCUGGCUCAAAGAGCCUUGGCUGAUGAUAUUCAUAAUGUAAUUUAUACACCAAGGAUGAGGGAGAAAUUGGAGGGGAAACUUGAGAUUGUUCUUCAGUCCAUUAUUAACAAUGGCAUCAAUGUGAAGGUAAAGAUUAAGCAGAGGAAAACCAAGAAACAUGGCUUCCACCGCCCAACAGCUUAGGUGGUUAUCCUAUAUUACUAUUCAUCAAGGCAAGAAUGUUGUAUGUAUCAUCCUCAUGGCUUUCGGUGAAACUUGAUUUAGGAAAGUGAAUCAGGUCUUUUGCUAUAGAAAGUUGCUUAAUCGGCACACUGACAAGGAGUGGAAUCAUGCAAGAUUCAAUAGUUCGGUACUAGUAUUUUGACAAAUGCGGAUGAAAUUAAAAGUGACAAGUUUUAUCAAUCCUGACAAGCUUGCAAACAGAGCAGCGUAGUAACUAGAUCAAGGUUAGAAGUGCAUUACCCUUUUUGCAAGAUUGCAGAACAUUUCCCUAAAUUCAUUGUUAAAUCGUUGGAGUAGUUACAAUAGUAGUUACAAACUUAGGAAUAAUUCUUUUAUUUCCUGCAUUUUGUAUUCUUUUCGUGAGAAAACAUUGCUGUUAAUGUAGAAAUCUGGUUUACAUGAUAGCUUUAUUUGUAAUUAGUAUGAUAAAUCGUCCAAAAUAUUUGGCGAUUUCUAAAUAGACAGUCUGAGACCUUAGCACACCUUUUAUCUAUAUAGGAUCAA